AUGACGGGUGAUUGGACUGGAACGGAGGAUGGUCUUGAGGACAUGCCAGCAAUAAAGAGGAUUCCAUUGAGUGUUUGUCUGUGGAUGGAUAGAUGUGUAGAAAGGAUGCCAACAAUCGUCAAGAAGGCAGUAUGUGGUGGAUACAACUUGAUUUCUAUGGGACACUGUCUAUUCUGUGCGUCUGUUCCUUUUGUGUAUGUUUAUCAGAGAGAGAUGGCAAGUGCAGGGCACUCGAUUCUUAGUACAAUUGAAUGA